AUGACGAGCCUCGUCGCGACUCCCGACGCGACAAUGGCUACAGAUCGAGUAGCCCACAUCACUGAGACUCAGAAACAAGCUCUGAUGGACAAUCUACAGCUUGAGAGCCUACGCACUCGUCUCGAGAUGCGCAUCAACCGUAUUCCUCGUAAUCUUCGCAAAGCAACUAUGGGAGAUCUAUUGGAGAAACAUCUCGAAGCCCAGAAGAAGACCCAGCAACGUCUACCCAGCCCUGCCAAAAGAAAGAGCUUGAAGCGCAAAGGUUCGUCCAACUGCUUUGCUACGACCUUUUCUCAAUACUUAUUCGUGCAUAGUGAGGAAGCAGCUAUGGCUGACAAGGAAAACACUCAACCCACCUCUGCAGCUCUCGCAAACCCAAAGAAGCGCAGCAAGCAUAGCCCUGGCCCUACUGGCAUUCCUACCUCUCCUAACCUAGGACGUUCUACGAGACCCCAACCUCUCAACCCUACCGUUCUCUCUCCCAAAUCACCCAACUCGCGCACACUACCACGUUCUCCCUUGAAGUCUCCCACCACAAAGUCUCCACCACCGCUUCCCAGGCCUUGCGGUGCCGCAGCUCUUCAAGCAGCACAGUCCAUCAAGAAAGGCACGCUUAAGAGACCUGCCACUGCACCUACGGCCACUGUUCUAGACGCAGUAGCAUCUGCUGCACAACCGAACACUUCUACGCGUCGUGCUCUUCGCGCCAGCAAUGCCUCUGCAGAAAGCACCAGCAGCGAGAAGACCACAAUCAUCAACAAGUCACCCGCCAAAACCAAUCCUCCCAGUCGCCCACACACCGCUAUGGCUCUAGCAUCGCCUAAGAAGUUGCCUGUGCCCACUUCGCCCGUCAAAUACAACUCGAUCAGAGACAGACCAUUGCCAGCACCCGCUGCAGCACCAACUCCCGUCGCAGGCACGAUUAAGAAGGGCACCUUCAAAAGCGCAAUGGCCUCGCUCACAGGCAGCAAANAAGGGAAGAAGGCGACCGCCGCAGCUGCCUUUGGCACCAACGGUACGCCUCCACCUGCUGGCAGAGUGCUCAGAAAGCGUGCUCCCUGA